GUGGAAGUUGAAUAUGUUCCGGAGAAAAUUGAAGUCUUUUCUCGACAUGAACCCUUUUUUGAAUUUAACAGUAUUUUUGAAAAAUUCAAAAUGGUCGAAGGUUCGAAAGGUGGAGCCAGCCAGACUGACGAUUUACUGGACAAAAAUAAAAAUAUAAAGAAACUCGAUGACGUGCCAAUCAAAGCGAGAGGAUUUUUGGAAGAUGACGAGGAAGUCGAGAAAAAUCAGGAAGAGAAGCCAAAAAUGUCAAAGAAAAAGUUAAAAAAAUUAAAUAGGUUAACUGUGGCUGAAUUAAAGCAGUUGGUGUCUCGGCCGGAUGUAGUAGAGAUGCACGAUGUCACAUCAAGGGACCCAAAACUACUCGUCAGUCUGAAAGCAGCACGUAACACAGUGCCCGUUCCAAGACAUUGGUGCUUUAAACGAAAAUACCUUCAGGGCAAAAGAGGAUUUGAAAAACCACCUUUCGAGUUGCCACAUUUCAUCAAAGCAACAGGAAUCAUGGAGAUGAGGCAAGCUCUGCAAGAAAAAGAAGACCAAAAAACAUUGAAAUCAAAAAUGAGAGAAAGAGUAAGACCAAAGAUGGGUAAAAUUGAUAUAGAUUACCAGAAACUACAUGAUGCAUUUUUCAAAUGGCAAACAAAGCCAAGAUUGACAAUUCAUGGAGACAUAUAUUAUGAAGGUAAGGAAUUUGAAGCUCGUUUGAAAGAAAAAAAGCCAGGAAAUUUAUCAGAUGAGUUAAGGACAGCACUUGGAAUGCCAAUAGGGCCAAAUGCUGACAAAUAUCCACCACCCUGGUUGAUUGCCAUGCAGAGGUAUGGUCCACCUCCUUCAUAUCCCAGUCUAAAAAUUCCUGGAUUGAAUGCACCCAUACCAGACGGGACUUCUUUUGGAUAUCAUGCAGGAGGUUGGGGCAAGCCACCCGUCGAUGAAACAGGUAAACCUCUUUAUGGGGAUGUCUUUGGACCUUCCAUCAAUGAACCAAACAUUCCCACUAAAGAAGAUGAGAUCAAUAAAAAUUUCUGGGGUGAGAUGGAAUCCGAAUCAGAAGAUGAGGAGGAGGAGGAAGAGGAAGAAAAAGAAGGAAGAGACGAGCAGGACGUGUUGUCGGGUCUUGUUACUCCGGGUGAAACUGGCCUGGCUACACCCAGCGGUACAACAUCAGUUAUGACACUUGGAAUGGAAACACCCGAGUCCAUUGAAUUGAGAAAGAAACGUAUAGAAGAUGCCAUGGACCAGGGAGGAGACACGCCCAACUUGUACACCAUCCUUCCAGAAAGAAGAGUAGGAGCAGGAGGAGGAAUGAUGGGAUCAACACACGUUUACGAUAUUCCCACUCCAAUUCCUGCUGUUGGAAAGAAAGGUUCCGGGGAAGGUGUUGAAGUGGUCCUGGAGCCUGAAGAACUUGACCUGGAUAUGGCUGCAAUGAAAGCCAAGUAUGAUCAAACAUUGAGAGAGCAGGCAAGUCUCAGUAAGGAGGACUUGAGUGACAUGGUGGCUGAACAUCAGGCCAAACAACAAAAGAAGAGGAAGAAGGCUCAAACAAGCCAGGACAAUUCAGCUGUUAAGAGCAAAAAAUUGAAAGAAUUUAAGUUUUAAAUGAAAUAAUUUUAUAGUUUCUUUUUUGUAAAAAUGUAUGUACCACAUUUUCGACAUAUUUCAUUAGUUCAGUGCUGACUAGAAAAUAAUAAAACAAUAAUAAACAAUCUUAAAAUAUAAAAUCAACGUUAACUGUUCAAUAAAUUACAAAUCUAACGAG